GACCGGUGCGUGCCGUGCGUCUGACGUCAUCGCGUCAGAUGGCCGAAUGUUUACAUCCAGCUGUGUUGUGUAGGCUGGAUCGUCCAAACAACAAAGAGCGGGACGCGCGUGGAGCUGCGCAGACGGACGGCAGCGCUCGGCUCGGACAGCAGGUGCUUGCUUGGCUUCAGUCAGGAUGGGCGGAGCCGUGAGCGCCGGUGAGGACAACGACGACUUGAUCGACAACCUGAAGGAGGCGUACUACAUCCGUUCAGACCUGGUGGAGCGAGCCUUUCGAGCCAUCGACCGCGCCGACUAUUACCUGGACGAGUACAGGGACAACGCCUAUAAGGACUUGGCGUGGCGGCAUGGAAACAUCCACCUGUCUGCUCCGUGCAUCUACUCCGAGGUGAUGGAGGCUCUGGAUCUCCAGCCCGGCCUCUCCUUCCUCAACCUGGGCAGUGGGACCGGCUACCUCAGCACCAUGGUGGGACUCAUCCUGGGUCCGUUUGGAGUGAACCACGGCAUCGAGGUGCACGCCGACGUCAUCGAGUAUGCCUACCAGAAGUUAGACUCCUUCAUCAAAACCAGCGACAGUUUUGACAAAUUCGAGUUCUGCGAGCCUUCCUUCGUGGAGGGGAACUGCCUGGAGAUUCCUCCAGAGAGCCGUCAGUAUGACAGGGUGUACUGUGGGGCGGGGGUGCAGAAGGAGCACGAGGACUACAUGAAGAGCCUGCUGAAGGUGGGGGGCAUCCUGGUGAUGCCUCUUGAGGAAAAGCUGACAAAGAUCACGCGCACCGGGGCAAACAGCUGGGAGACUAAGAAGAUCAUCUCCGUGUCCUUCGCCCCGCUGUUGCUGCCCAAACACAACACCAACGGCAAACCCAAGGCGGCUCCUCUUCCGAAGUACGAGGUGCGGACGCUACAGGAGCUGGCUCGCAUCUGCAUCCGCCACACCCUCAGAGUGACCACAAACGGCGGGGGCAGCCAGCCGCGAGGCCGAGGCUCCUCCUUCAGCGUGGGCCGUGGUCUGGCCGUGGCGGGCCUCCACAAGUACGGCCCUCGCUUUAAACGCCGGCGCGUUCACCGGCGCCACUGCAACGCUCUCGUCCUUGCCACGCGGCAGGUGGUGGCCAGCAGCGGAAUCGGAGCCGCGCCUCUGGACAGCAACAACAACCAGGAGGGGCGGGUGGAGGACGAGGAGUUGGGGGUGGAGAGGGAGGCCAGGCGGCUGACGAGAGGGAGCAGGAGGGUUGGGAGGAGAGCGGCGGGCGAGCUGAUGGAGGAGGAGGAGAUGGUGGAGGAGGAGGAAGAGGAGGGGCAGCAGGAAGAGGAGGAGGAGGAGAGGGAAACGGGCGAGCUGCUGCGACCGCAGCCGGCGGUGAACGUGCUGAGGGAGCGUAUCCUGAGUCUGCCGCUUCCCGAGCCGCUCAAGAUGUUCCUGCUCUUCUACAGGGAGAAGUGAACGUCGCCGUCGAAGCCCCGCCCCCACCUGCAGCUCCCGAAGCCCACCUCAUCGUCUGCCAUCUCCACCAUCCUCGUUCUGCUGUGAAGAGGGGUUCUCUCAACGUACACGUCUUUGAGAUUUAAACUUCACAGCUGACAUCAUCACCGGACGGACGCUCGCCAACAGAUGGUGGAGAAACUCCCCAACCGAUCAGAGGCUGAAGGUGUGGCCGCUAGCUCCUUCUCCAGGAGGUCUGGAAGGAGCAGCCAUGACUGAAGGUUCAUUUCCAGCCCAAAAACCAAGUCUUGGCUCCCAAAAAAGCAUCUUUUCUUUGUGAUUGCUGCUGAGGUUCCUUCAGAAACUGAGCUGCUCGGAACAGGAAACAUGUUUGAGAUCAUCCAGAACGACCCUUUAAAUGAUUCUGGACCUUUUUAGCUGUUGAUUUUUUUUUCUAUGCAUACAUCUCAUUGUUUGAGUAGAUUCUUGUUUUUAGUGAAAAGAUCAACUUUAAUAGUACAAGAGUUUACCAGCAUGACAAAGGUCAUUUUUGGACGUCUGAGUGCAAGUUUGUAUUUAUUUGAAAGACUUUCUGAUGGUGUGCAGCUGCAGCACCAUUUCCUGAAUCAUUAAGAACUCUUGGAUCACAUUCUCCCGGAUUCCAGUUUGGGCAUUAUUUUGUCGCUCCUUUUCUUGAAAACUUCAGUUUGUGCCAAACCCAGGCUGCAUGGAAUCAAGGAAGUAGAUGUUUGAUUUGAAUCAUGCAGUGAUGUUGUGGGUGUGGUCACAAUUGAAUGAAAAUCAAAAACUGUCUUUUUAUUUUAGUUUUUUUUCCCCUACUCUUAUUUUGAAAGGCCGGAGCAUCACACUGCUUCCGUUUGGAUCAUUUCCAUGGCUGGUGUCCUCAUCAUUCCUGAGUCCUUUAGGAGCCGUUCCUGUGUGGCGUUGUGCGUCUGUGCUCUGUUGAGUGUAUCGUCGUUUCUUUUCUUUUUUUUAAUCGACUCUUGAAGAGAAUGGCUUGCAGGUUUUAAAGAUUUGAGUUGUAUUACUGAUCGCUGAAAAUAAAUUUCUGCAAAGUAAGAAA